AUGUUUAAGCCACUAAAAGCAAAAUUCAACAAGGUGAAGCCUAAAGAAGGAAGGAAGAACGAAGAAACUAUUAAGCCGGACUUUCCAGCUCAGCCAUCCUUGGGCCAGAGAGAAUAUCAAGCUGAAAAGGAGCUUCCUAAAGCCAAGAUGUUUUCAGCCUCAGGUGAACCAUCACUCCCCAAAAGAAAAGAUGUAAUUCCAGGGGAGAAUUCUCCCACAGGCUGGAACUUAAAUCCUGACCCUGUACAUCUUCAAAAUUCAGAAGAACCAAGCAGAAUGACAUCAAUGCAGGAGGAAAAGAAUAAUUGGGAAAAAGAAGCAGUCAAUUCAGAAAAAAAGCCACAUCAGAACCCCAUCACAAGUAAAUAUGUUGAAACUCAGCUCCAGGACUUUGCUAAAAGGAUGCAUCAAAGGACAGCCCUCUAUAAGAAAAAGUUGCAAGAGGGUGAAUUGUCUUCCCCUGAAGUUAGUCCCAAAGCUGCUGCCCCUGCAGGUCCUCCUCCCCACCCCAAAGAAGAUGAGGCUCAAGGAGAAGAGGAACCCUACUGUGACAUGCUAUGUUGCAGAUUCAAGAAGGUCCCAUUGAAGGAGUAUCUGAAGAAGAUGAAAUUGCCAACCAGUAUAGAUUCACAAACAGAUGUCUCCUAUGUCUUGUGGCUCUUGUUAGUCACUAUUGCUUAUAACUGGAACUGCUGGUUUAUUCCAAUGCGCCUAGCUUUUCCCUAUCAAACGCCAAACAACAUGAGAUACUGGCUAGUAAUUGACAUCGUCUGUGAUAUCAUAUACCUGAUUGACAUGCUGAUAAUACAGCCCAGACUGGAAUUUUUAAAAGGAGGAGACAAAAUAAUAGAACCAAAGGAGUUGAAAGAACACUAUCGGACUUCUGCAAAAUUUAAGCUGGAUCUCGUGUCAAUAAUACCAUUCGAUGCUCUCUACUUCAUUUUUGGGUUUAAUCCGGUAUUUAGAACAAAUAGGACACUAAAGUACACCACAUUCUUUGAGUUUAAUGACUGCCUGGAGUCUAGAAUGGACAAAGCAUAUAUCUACAGGAUCAUUCGUACCACUGGAUACCUGCUGUUCAUCCUACAUGUUAAUGCGUGCAUUUAUUACUGGGCUUCAGACUAUGAAGGAAUUGGUAGCACUAAAUGGGUGUAUGAUGGUAAAGGAAACAGGUAUCUGAGAUGUUACUACUGGGCAGUUCGAACUUUAUUUACCAUUGGUGGUCUUCCAGAACCACAAAACACAUUUGAGAUUAUUUUCCAGCUCUUGAAUUUUUUCUUUGGGGUUUUUGUGUUCUCUAGUCUAAUUGGACAGAUGAGAUAUAUCAUUGGAGCAGCUACUGCAAAUCAGAACCACUUCCAUGCAUGCAUGGAUAAUGCCAUCUCUUAUAUGAAUAUGUAUUCAAUACCCAAAAUAGUGCAAAACCGUGUUCGGACUUGGUUUGAAUACACUUGGACCUCUCAAAGAAUAUUGGAUGAAUCAGAAUUCCUGGAACACCUGCCAAUCAAGAUGCAAUUGGCCAUUGCCAUCGAUGUGAACUUCAAGAUCGUGACUAAGAUCGACUUAUUCAAAGGGUGUGAUACACAGAUGAUUUAUGACAUGCUGCUGAAAUUGAAAUCCAGUGUGUAUUUACCUGGUGACUUUGUCUGCAAAAAGGGAGAGAUUGGCAGAGAGAUGUACAUCAUUAAACAGGGAGAAGUUCAAGUUCUUGGAGGCCCUGAUGGCAAUAAAGUCCUGGUUACUCUGAAAGCUGGAGCUGUCUUUGGAGAGAUCAGCCUUCUGGCAAGAGGUGGAGGAAACCGCCGGACAGCUAAUGUGGUGGCCCAUGGAUUUGCCAAUCUCUUUAUCCUUGACAAAAAGACACUCAAGGAAAUCUUAGUGUACUACCCAGACUCUGAAAAGCUCCUCAUGCAGAAAGCCAAGUUACUUCUAAAGCAGAAGGCUAAGCCCACAGAGGCCCCACCUCCAGUGAAAGGUUUUGCCCUUCUCAUCCCAUCCAAAGAAGAGACACCCAAAAUGCUUAAAGCCUUGCUGGGUGGCUCAGGUAAAACAAGUCUCGCUAGACUACUCAGACUGAAGAAAGAAAUAGCAGCUCAGGAAAAAGAUAAAAAAGCUGAGGGAGGAGAAGUCCAUGGAAAUGAAACAGCAGAAAAACAACUGGACGAGACCAAAAGUAAUUUGGGAAAUGAAAUAGAAAAACCAAUGGACAGGCUCAAAUGUAAAUCGAGACCUGUUACAGAAGUGCCCCAGCCUGUACCAAAGGCAGUCCUACCCAAGGGAAACGCUAAAGAAUCACUUAUCAUCACCAUGACCCCUUCCUCUAAUGCAGAAGAAGAAAUUCUUACAGUCGAAAUCAAAGAGAAGGCACAGUAA